AUGGUGGAUGAACCUUCUGCUGAAAACACCAUUCGUGAACUUACGGCAAUGACCUUAGCCAAUGCGAUGAGCGUCCCUGCUCGAGCCGCGCUGUAUUCAUUCACCAUCCUCAAUAAAACUGGAAUGAGCCAGAGCUACACCCUCUUCAGCCAGCCCCCAAUUGUGAAGCCCACCGUGGAAAAACUUACCCCUCAUGCCAUCUUGGUUACCAGAGGUGUUGCUUCCGGGUCGGGUAAUGCAUUUCUGACGAUUCCAUGCGACGAACACUAUGCCAUCUGCGGCUUGAGUCAUGAGGAUGAGUCCGUCCAGAUGCGCGUUCUGGAUCGAUGUGCCGUCACCGUCGGCAGGGGCCUUUCCUACAAUUUUCGUCCUGGCACUACCUGUGUCGUUGACAUGCUUUCAGCUGCGCCUUCCUUUGUCCGUUGGGGUGGGCCAGCCAGUGAUACGGGCGAGCUCGGUGCCUUUUGCCUUCGCACGCCAGGCGGUUUCACGUACGAACAAGCCAAGAAUAAUCAAUGGAUUGUGGGUCUGGGCCUCUACACUUCUGGGUCUGCUUUUGUGGGCAUCUACGCCUCUUUCACACCCACUCCCCGUACGGACUAUCAGAUUGAGCCUAGCAAAGUCUUCUACGUGGUGCCGAGGGCGCUUGAGGCCAAUGAGAAAAAACCUGAGGAUCUCGAUUUUUCGCAGGAGUGCAAAGUGAAUUUUGAGCUCCUCUCUCCCAGAGUUCAGCUGGUACAUGACGAUGACAAUAUUAUUCGAAUAUCCGAGGGAGUGUCUUCUGGGUCUCGACUGUAG